AUGUCUACUGGUACACAAGCAGUUGCUCCUGGUCUGCCUCAAUUUUAUCAACCGAUAGAGCAAAGCACGACCCAUGCAGUAUCACCAAGAACAGUUAGACAAGUGAAUACAAGCAUAGGUCGAAUUCCUGAAAUACCUGGCAAUUCCUUGAAGACUUUAAAUCAAAGAUUUUUAGUUGGAAAAGUAGCAGUGGUUGCGCUUAUCUUCGCUUUAGCUGUUGCUGGAGUGUUUUACGGUGUUCUUGUGCUACGUUCAUCUACGACGACAACGACUGUGGAGACAACGACAACCACUACCACUGCGACAACAACAACUACGACGACGACAUCGACCACUUCUACAACAACAGACACUACUACUUCGACAACAUCGACUACUACUACUACUACACGUACCACAACGACAACAAGCGUAACAACAGCUACCUCAACGACUAGUACGAGCACAACAAGCACUACUAGUACGAGCACAACUUCUACAACUACUCAAACAACAAUAACUUUCGCUCCUGUUGGCAUCUAUGCAUUGAAUAUCCCAACUUGUGCCACAUGGAAUGAUACGGGAUUAACAAUGGCUGGUAACAGUAACGGGACAUUGGGAUCUGAUUUAGGAUCUCUCUCAGCCCCCGUGAGUAUUUUUGUGGACAACAAUAAUAACCUGUUCGUUGCUGAUCGAGACAAUGCUCGCGUACUUAAAUUCGUUCCGAAUGCGACUAUUGGAAUUAUUGUUGCCGGCAACGGAACCAUUGGAAAUGGAAGUAACCAAUUAUCAUCACCUAAAGGUGUUGCUAUUGAUCAAUACGGUGAUAUUAUUGUUGCUGAUAGCAGUAAUUAUCGAAUUCAAAAAUUUGUCAACGGAUCCACCAUAGGCAUCACACUUGCUGAAAAUUCGACAAUAAAUCCUCUUGGUCAAAUGCGUGAUUUACAUAUUGAUGUCAAUAAUAAUAUAUAUGUUACUGAUUCUGACAAUAAUCAAGUUGGUAAAUUUAUUCCUUUUUCAUCGAUUGGUGUUGUCGUAGCAGGUGGGGGUCCAGCAGGUCCAGGACUAAAUCAAUUGUCAAGUCCAUUUGGAAAUUUUAUAGACCCCAAUGGAACAUUGUACAUAGCCGAUCAACUGAAUUUUCGUGUAAUGAAAUACGAUCCUGGAUCUUUGAAUGGAACUAUAGUAGCUGGUAAUGGAACAACUGGUUCAACUGCGUAUCUUUUAGCGCAGCCCAUAGCAGUGAUCGUUGAUAAUAAUGGGUAUAUCUAUGUGGCCGAUUAUUCUAAUGGGCGAAUCAUGAAGUGGACGACAAAUUAUGCGGCUGGUGGUGUCUGCAUUAUUGGCUGUACGGGAACAACAGGCGUAGCUGCCACCCAACUAAGGGGCCCGAGAGAUCUAAAAUUUGAUAGGUAUGGAAAUAUUUAUAUUACGGAUCAAGCAAAUCAUCGAAUUCAAAAAUUUAUGAUCCAAAUACCUCCGUUAGGAUGUUCUAGUGAGUCAUCAACGUUAAAUCAUUCAUCUUUAGUGCACGGUUUUUUUUAA